ACCCAAGGAGAAACUUUGCUCAGGGUAGCACAAGAUCGAAACUGAAGACCCGCCCUCUCCGUGGCUGGGGACCAAAGGUCACUUGGCACAUCAGUGAGCUCGGGGGAAUGCCCUCUCACUGUCGCCUUGAGAAGCUCUUGGAGGAGUUUUGCCUGGACUGUGUGGGAGGUACGCAGGAGGGAGAGCCACAAUGAAUGGCCAUAUAUCUAACCAUCCCAGUGGCUUUGGAGUGUACCCAUCUCAAAUGAAUGGCUACGGAUCUUCACCUCCCUUCUCCCAGAUGGACAGAGAACAUAGUUCCAAGUCCAGCGCAAAGGCACUGUAUGAACAAAGGAAGAAUUAUGCCCGAGACAGUGUGAGCAGCGUGUCGGAUGUUUCCCAGUACCGUGUGGAACACUUGACCACCUUUGUGCUGGACCGGAAAGAUGCCAUGAUCACUGUGGAUGAUGGCAUAAGGAAGCUGAAGUUGCUUGAUGCCAAGGGAAAGGUCUGGACUCAAGACAUGAUUCUCCAAGUGGAUGACCGAGCCGUGAGCCUGAUCGACUUAGAAUCGAAGAAUGAACUGGAGAAUUUUUCCUUGAACACGAUCCAGCACUGCCAAGCGGUGAUGCACGUGUGCAGCUACGAUUCCAUCCUUGCGCUGGUGUGCAAAGAGCCGACCCAGAACAAGCCGGAUCUCCACCUCUUCCAGUGUGACGAGGUGAAGGCAAACCUCAUUAGUGAAGACAUCGAAAGUGCCAUCAGUGACAGUAAAGGUGGGAAACAGAAGAGGCGGCCUGAGGCCCUGAGGAUGAUUUCCAAAGCGGAUCCUGGCAUCCCGCCUCCACCAAGAGCUCCUGCCCCAGUGCCACCAGGCACCGUCACCCAGGUGGACGUUAGAAGCCGAGUGGCCGCGUGGUCUGCAUGGGCGGCUGACCAGGGGGACUUUGAGAAAGCCCGGCCGUAUCGCGAGCAGGAAGAAACGGCUGAAAUGAUGGCUGCUCGGAUUGACAGGGAUGUGCAAAUCUUAAACCAUAUUUUGGAUGACAUUGAAUUCUUUAUCACAAAACUCCAAAAAGCAGCGGAAGCAUUUUCUGAGCUUUCCAAAAGGAAAAAAAGCAAGAAAAGUAAAAGGAAAGGACCAGGAGAGGGUGUUUUAACACUGAGGGCAAAACCACCACCUCCUGAUGAAUUUAUUGACUGUUUCCAGAAGUUUAAACAUGGAUUUAACCUUCUGGCCAAACUGAAGUCUCAUAUCCAGAACCCAAGUGCUUCAGAUUUGGUUCAUUUCUUGUUUACUCCAUUAAAUAUGGUGGUACAGGCAACAGGAGGUCCUGAACUGGCCAGUUCUGUUCUCAGCCCGCUGUUGACUAAAGACACCGUUGAUUUCUUAAAUUACACUGUCACUGCUGAUGAGCGGCAGCUGUGGAUGUCAUUGGGUGAAACCUGGCUGAAAGUCAGAGCAGAGUGGCCGAAAGAACAGUUUAUUCCUCCAUAUGUUCCUCGGUUCCGCAACGGCUGGGAGCCCCCGAUGCUGCACUUUGUGGGGGCACCAAUGGAGCAAGAUGUGUACCAGCUGGCCGAGUCCGUGGCCAGCGCAGCCGAGCAUCAGCGCAAACAAGACAUCAAAAGGGUGCCCGCGGAGCAUUCCAAUGUGUCGGAGUAUUCUCCACCUGAUGGGUAUGCGUUCGGUAACAACAACAUGUACCCCAGAGGGCCCCAUCUGGACCAAGGGGAAGCCACUGUCGCUUUCAAGCCAACUUCUAACCGCCAGGCAGAGAGAAGUUAUGACUCACUCAAAACACAGCCGAAGAAAUAUGCCAAAUCCAAGUAUGACUUUGUGGCAAGGAACAACAGUGAGCUGUCAGUCCUGAAGGAUGAUAUUUUAGAGAUCCUCGAUGACAGGAAGCAGUGGUGGAAAGUUCGAAACGCAAGUGGAGACUCUGGGUUUGUGCCAAAUAACAUCCUGGAUAUAGUCAGGCCUCCGGAAUCCGGACUCGCGCGUGCCGACCCACCGUACACACACACCAUACAGAAACAAAGGAUGGAGUUUGGUCCAAGACCAACUGAUGCUCCGUCUGCACCAUCGCCUCCUCCAACACCAGCUCCCAUUCCGGUGCCCCUUCCACCUUCGAUGCCAGCACCUGUUCCCGUGUCAAAGAUCCCAGCAAAAGUCACCCGUCAGAACAGCAGCUCCAGUGACGGCGGCGGCAGUGUGGCCCGAGACGGCCAGCGAUACAAGCAGCUUCCCGUGGACCGAAGGAAGUCCCAGAUGGAGGAGGUUCAGGACGAGCUCUUCCAGAGACUCACCAUCGGCCGGAGCGCCGCACAGAAGAAGUUCCACGUGCCACGGCAGAACGUGCCAGUUGUGAACAUCACGUAUGACUCCACCCCGGAGGACGUGAAGACCUGGCUACAGUCGAAGGGGUUCAACCCUGUGACCGUCAAUAGUCUUGGAGUGUUGAAUGGUGCACAGCUCUUCUCUCUCAAUAAAGAUGAACUGAGAUCAGUGUGUCCUGAAGGGGCCAGAGUCUUUAGCCAAAUCACCGUGCAGAAGGCCGCACUAGAGGACAGCAGCGGCAGUUCUGAGCUGCAAGAAAUCAUGCGGAGGCGGCAGGAAAAAAUCAGCGCCACCGCCAGCGACUCGGGAGUGGAGUCCUUCGACGAAGGGAGCGGCCACUAACAUGCUGUUGGUUUGCUUGUUGCUCAAACUCCGUGGUUCUUGGCAUUACUCCAACAUGCUUUGUUUUAAGAAGCCUGGAAGGGAAUGUCACAUGCAUUUCGCUUGGGAGAGGUAACUUAUUGUCCGAAGGAAACAGCGUCCACCUGAGGAAGCAGAGCAUUUGCUAUGGUGCCCGUCCUUUUGAUGAACCCUGAAAAGUUUUAGACAGGAUGCUUUUGACCUUCAGAGAGAUUUUUCCCACUUCAUCAAGACUCUCCCUAUUGCAUUCAUUAUCUCACUUUCAUCUCAUGACAUAAGUAGCAAUACUUGGACAAUGGUGAUCUUAUUCCAUGGCAACAGAGAAAAGAAGUCGCCCGUCAUUGGAAACCUUAGUGUUCAGCUGUGGGUGGCUACGGUGACUGCCACCCAGGGAGAGGUGCCCCUAGGCUGGCCGCUGCUUACGUAGAUCUCUCUGACAUACCCUGUGAUAGAACAUUUGGACUUAUUUAAAGUUCUUAAUGCCAACAGUUAAAAAAAAAAAAGAUAAAAUAUUUGAAUGAAGUGUACAGUAUAGCCAGACUUUGAACGUGCAAAUAUACAACUGUCGAGCAUUCCCAAGACAUUUGUUUCUCAUAGCUCUGUUGAUUGUGAACUCUUGCAUAGCUUGUAUUUUGAUUUACUUAAUAUUCUGUUACUAUGUAUACUGUGUAAUUAAUUGCAUAUGAGAAAGCACAAAUGGGGGAAAACUCAUAUACAUUCAAAGCCUAUCAAAGUAAGUAGCCCACAUUGGUGUGUAUUUACAGUAUUUUGCUUAAUGAAGGCCCCAGUUAUGAAUAUUGGUAUAAGAGGUAAAAGGGUAUUGGGGCCAUCUUAUGUGUUUUAUCUGUGUAACAAGAAAUAAUUUACACGUCCUUUAAUCCUGUGAAAGAUUCUAGAUUGAGAAAAGAAAGAUACUUAACCUUCAACAAAUGUUAUUUUUGGAAACACGCUGUUUUGUCAUUAAAUGUUAUAUUAUUUCACAUAUAUAAAGCAGAUGUUAUGUAAGAAUGUUGUAUAUUUUAACAUAAAUCCAUUUAGAGAGAUUAUCUAGAUUCAUUAACUUUUCAUAGUGCCUUUUCACACGAGUCAGCGGAAAAGUCUGCAAUAAACAGUAUUUGCUGUCUGUUAAUAAA